AGAUUAUCAUCUUUUUCUAACCCCGGGAUUGAGGAACGUUUCCUUUCUGUUUCUUUUUUCUUUCAACAUUUGAACUACUCAACUUUGGAAGGGAGCAAUGACAAGAAUAUUUGACUCGCGAAAACCAGAACCUUAUAUCAAAACUUCCUGCAAGAAGUGCAUCACACCUAUUGAGUUUUACCCAGAGGGUGUUUCAAUUGGACAGACAGCGUCGGUAAAAUGUUGGGCUUGCAAUGAGGUGAACUCAUAUGUAGUAACCGAUCCAUCAACACAACCAACGACAAAUAAGAAAAAAGAAAGCAACACAAAGUCAAAACCAACUACAAGAAGGAAAGGCUCAGACGAAAAGCCUGUGUCUACAGAAUAUUAUGAAUUGCUUGGCGUGAAUGUGAAUGCUAGCCAAGAAGAAAUCAAAAAAGCGUAUCGGAAGCUUGCCGUCAAAUUUCAUCCGGAUAAAAACAGAAAUGAUCCUGAAGCAGAAGAGAAGUUUAAGAAACUAUCAGAAGUUUAUCAAAUACUUUCCGAUUCCAAGUUGAGAAAGAGGUACAAUGAAUAUGGUGAAGAGAAUGGCGUAAAGCCCGAUGGAGGAUUUGUUGAUCCCGAGGAUUUCUUCAAACAGUCAUUCGGUGGAGAUAGAUUUGUUGAUAUCAUUGGUGAAAUAUCAAUAGGAAAGGACAUGAGAGAAGCAUUAGAGACAGCAGAAGAAGAGAACGAGGGUCAUGAGUUAACACCUGAAGAAAAAGCUGAAAAGGAAGCCCAUAUGGCCAAGUUGGAAAAAGAAAAGGAAGAGGCUCGAACCAAACGAGUGGAAGCAUUAUGCGAAAAGUUGAUUCAUAAAAUUGAUUUAUAUGAAACGCAUGGUGAGGAGAAGUUUAAACAAAUGAUUCUUCAUGAAGUGGAUGACCUCAAGGUGGAGAAUCAUGGCGUUGAAUUGCUGCAUACCAUUGGACACACAUAUACCAGUAAAGUAAAUCAGUACAGUGGUAAGAAAUCGAUGUUCGGUUUCGGUGGAAUGUUUUACAGCAUGAAGGAAAAAGGAUACAUUUUUAGUCAGACUGUUGGGACUCUCAGAACUGCAUAUGAUUUACAAUCUACGUUCGGUGAGCUUCAAAAAGCUGAGGAGAAAGGUCUGUCAGAAGAGGAAAGAGCCAAAUUGGAGGAGGCAGCUGCAACAAAGGGUUUGGAAGCUAUUUGGAGAGGCUCGAAAUUAGAAAUCGAAAGCGUACUACGAGAUGUAUGUGAUCGAGUUCUGAAAGACUCUAAAUGCACAAAGGAGCAACUGGCAAAUCGCGUCCACGUACUCGGUUUAAUUGGUACAAUAUACCGAUCUGUCACGGCCGAUGAACCAGUAACGGACGCAGGAGAAUCAUCGCAGCAACAGCAAUAAAACUGAAUUGACAGCCAGUCAGACAGAAGGCCCGCUAACUCUGUUUUCACCUACAGCGUGAGUGAAAAAGAGUCAUCUAAUUGCUUAUUGGCCCAGAACUUCCCAGUUAUUGAUUUCCGCAUAUUUAAUACCAUUACGAUAUACACAUUUGUCUUUUCUUUUCUAUUUUCAUCAUCACCAUAA